CACCCGUGCCUCCCACAACCAGAGACCCCACCCCACCCCACCCCACUCUCCUCCCGCUCCGGAGGGCGAUCUCGGGAGGAACGGCGGGCGUCCCGCGGCGAGUUGUAUUAUACCGUUGUCCGCGACGAUUCUGCUGUUAAUUUUGGCAAGUUGGUGACUACCUGGAAGCUGCAAUGACUGAAAACACCCAGGGCAGUGGCCGACGAGCCUUUGGAGACCUGACGAAUGUCCUUGGCAAGCGGCCAGCCUCAUGCGAUCUGGAGAAGAGUGCAGGUGGAGUCAAGAUUAGUCGGGUUGAAAAGGUCGUUGACCCUAGGAAAGAGCCUCAUGAAAAGGCUAAGGCCAAUGUUGGGGCAUCAGGAAACCUUAUUGAAGUUUUGGUCGAUGGUAUUGGCAAAGAGGACUUUGCAAGGACUUCAAUUUUCCGUGGAGCCAAGGUUCAGCACAUGGCUGCUCAGGCAGCUGGGCUACUAUCCAAGGAUGAUGAUGAUGUCAGGAAUCGUUCUCUAUCGUUGGAUUCUUCUGGCCUCAACGACAAGGCGGAGUCUUCCUUGGAAUCAGAGGGUGGCUGUGCAGGGGAAGAUGAUGAUGACACUGAUAGUGAGUUGCUGCCAUUUGCCAGUGAGGCUAGUAAGAUUGUAAUUAAUGAUAAGAAUAAUGAGGGUGAAUGUCUGACUCAAGAGGAGAUGGUUGUAUCACCAGGAAAUCAGAAUCCAGAGUCUUCGUUUGACGCUGCAGCUCGUGAUGACAUGACAUGUACAAAUGUCCAGCAUCCUCCAAUGGGGGUUGGCGACUUGGAAAAAUCAUGCGCUACAAAGUCUUGCACUUGCUCUUUCUGUCUUAAGGCUGCUUUUAUGUGGACUGAUCUCCAUUAUCAGGAUGCAAGAAGUCGGCUUGGUGCAUUGAAGAAGAGCAUAAAGUUUGCUAGAUCGCUAGAGGCAAAGAGGCAAGGAAAUGAAUUCAGUGCAGACAGAUACUCGCAAAGAGCCGCACAGAUGGGAUUCGAACUAUCUCAACAACAGAGAUCACUCUUUCUUCAUACUGAAAAUGCCCUCGUUCGUGAAUCUGCCCAGCUUCAUUCAGCUGUUGUCAAGUUAAAGGACCUGAGAGACAACUGCAAGAAAGAUCUAAAGAUCUGAUCAUCAAUUCUUUGCGAAGGCGAGUCCUGCAUGAUUGUGCUCUGGUAAACUUGUUGCCCUGGGGUGUAGUAGGAUAAGCCGGAUUCUUUUGAAUCAAGAUGUGUAUGGUGUCUGCCUGCCAAGUGCCAACUAGAAAGUUAGGGGGUUAUCAAGUAGGGAAUUCGGGCGUAGUGAUUACUCCUAACUUAAACAUAGGCCAACAUCUUAGCCUCUGAAGAUCGUCUAGGAAAUGCUUCUGUAAAAAUCUUAGUGGGGGAGUCAGGAACUGUAGGUUUGUGACAGGAGUCCAUUCAGUAGCUCAGUUGUACCUGGCUGUGAGAUCGCACCAUUUUGUUUCCUGCUCUCCAAAGAGCCAAACGGGAAGUGGAAAUAAUGUACUUAGUUUUGAUU